AUGACAAACAGACUCUCUCUGGGUGCGCUGGUUUUAGGUAGUGGUAUACUGACUGCAUAUAUCAGUAAACAAUACCUCGACCACACCUGCCCAAGGAUACCCUUCGACAAAGUCUCUCAAUUAAGUGCAUGUCGACAACUUGUGGACACAGCUCGUGCCAACUCCCCAGGCACAGGAGUGCCAAAACCAUGGGGAGCAGACAAGUCAGGCCUUGUGCCCUCGUGGUCAGAAGCUCAAUCAGGCGACAAGAAAACUCGCUGGAUAUCAUCUUAUACUGGUGUUCAAAUGGACGUGCCGAUCGCACUUCUGGCAUCUUACACGAGUGAGGCUGAUAAAGGCGCAUUGACAACAAAUGAUGAGCCAUGCACUGCAGAAAGUCUGGCACGAAACGUAAUCGCUGCAUUUCUCGAUGCACACUCGCACGGGCUUGAUGGAUGGUUUUUAGACAGAAACCUUCCGCCAAGAACUUAUGUGCCCGGAAAUCACUUAUUUGGAGACUCGACUGGUGCAUCUGCUUUUAUGCUUGAUACCUGGAGUUCAAGAUUAAAGGACUCAAUCCAGCCUUCUGUUUUACCCGCAGAUGCACCUAUCCCAAAAACGUUUUUCCCUUCCAACGAGGCUCUUCUUGCAAGUGCCUCUCAAGACCCCUCUCAACCAGAGACUGCUGGAACCGUGAUAUAUUGGAAAGCUCCCCAAUACCUGCUCAAAGCAUUCAACAAAGCCGCAUCUUACGGCUUACCAUGGCGAGUAAUGGAUGGUGGUUGGCAAGAGUUUAUUGUGGAAAAGAUCUCAGAAGAGACAGCGAGGGUGACAUACAUCACCCUGGAGUGCUAUGACGUGCAUCCUGGUGGCCAGAUGACCAGGGACUUCAAGCAGAUGCCUUGGUUCUUAUAUGAACCUCACGUCUUAUAUGCCCAGAGUCUUCUUAUCAGGACAGUUCGGCAGCUGAAGAAGGUGAAUUCAGUAUGA